AUGGAGAAAGAAGCAAGAUUGUUGCUAACUAUUAGAGCCAAGGUUUGUGUUCUUUCAGAUUACAGAGAGGCUUUAUGGAAGAAAGUGUCUUCAGGUCCAUAUCGAAAGAAAGAAACAAAGGAUGCUAAUGAGGAAGAAGCUAAGCCGAGGAUCAUGGCGUGUUGCUGGGGACCUGGAAAUCAAGAAGCUACAUUUGUGAUGCUUGAUUCAUCAGGAGAGCUGAUUGAUGUGCUUUACGCAAGAUCCAUCGGCUUGCGAUAUUCACAAGAUGUAAAUGAACAGAAACCUAAAAAGAAUGAUCAGGAACGUCUUUUGAAGUUUAUGAGGGACCAUCAACCGGAUGUUGUGGCUUUAGGAGCUGUGAAUCUGAGCUGUGUUCGUCUAAAGAAUGAGAUUUAUGAAGUUAUAUUCCAAAUGGCGGAGGAGAUGGCGCCUCGAAACGGUGUGAUGUGUGAUUUACAGGUUGUUUACGCAGACGAGUCUCUUCCUAAGCUUUACGAAAACUCAAGAAUCUCAAGUGAAGAGUUUCCACAACAGCCAGGGAUUGUGAAACGCGCGGUGGCUAUUGGUCGGUAUCUACAGAAUCCAUUGGCUAUGGUCGCGGCUUUAUGCGGUCCAGGCAAAGAGAUUCUUUCUUGGAAGCUUCACUCUUUGCAAGAUUUUCUUGAUCCAGAGGAGAAGUAUGAGGUGGUUGAGCAGGUUAUGGUUGAGAUAACGAAUCAAGUUGGCAUCGACGUUAACUUUGCUGCGAGCCACGAAUGGUUGUUUUCUCCUUUACAGUUUGUUUCAGGGCUUGGUCCUAGGAAAGCUUUGUCUUUGCAGAGGUCUCUUGUUAGAGCUGGUUGUGUCUUGUCCCGCAAGGAACUCGUGAAUCAGCAUGGCCUUGGUAAGAAAGUGUUUGUUAAUGCAGCUGGUUUCUUGAGGAUCCGUAGUAAUAAUAACAGCCAGUUUAUUGAUGUCUUGGAUGAUACAAGAAUACAUCCUGAAUCAUACGUUCUUGCGCAAGAAUUGGCGAAAGAUGUUUAUGAUCUUGAGGAUGAGGAUGAUGCGGUAGAGCAUGUGAGAGAUCGACCAUACGUUUUGAAAAAACUUGUUCUUGAUGAUUACUUGAGAAGCAAGAAACAGGAGAACAAGAAGGAAACUUACUGUGAUAUCAUGAGAGAACUAAGCGGAGGUUUUCAGGAUUUCCGGAGUCAGUUUAGAGAGGCAAGUCCAGAUGAAGAGUUUUACAUGAUCUCUGGAGAAACAGAAGAGACGAUCGGAGAAGGGAGAGUUGUGCAAGCUACUGUUAAGAAAGUAUCGACUAGAAAAGCCAUAUGUGAUUUAGAUUGUGGGUUAAGUGGUGUUCUAAUGAGAGAAGAUUACUCAGAUGAUGAGAGAGACAUUCUUGAUUUGCCAAACAAACUCUGCGAAGGCGAUGUCAUUACUUGCAAGAUCAAAUGGAUUCAGAAAGAGAGGUAUCUUGUGUUCCUCACCUGCAAAGAAAGCGAAAUGAGAAAGAAUCUUGAGGCUGUGGAUGAUUAUUAUCACCAGGAAGAGGAUCAGACUGAGAAAGAGAAAGUUCCAAAAGAGAGGAAACAGUUUAAGUCGAGGAUGAUUGUUCAUCCUAGGUUUCAGAACAUCACUGCUGAGCAAGCAAGAGAGUAUCUGUCUGAUAAGAGUAUUGGAGAAAGCAUUGUUCGUCCAAGCUCACGAGGGCUCAAUCAUCUGACCUUGGUCAUCAAGAUUUUCGAUGACGUGUAUGCUCACAAGGAGAUUAUGGAAAGUGGGAAGGAGAAGAAAGACGCAGUUAUGGAUCGGUACGUUGAUCCUUUGGUGGCUCAUCUUAUGACAAUGGUUAACUACCGGAAGUUUCGGAACGGGACAAAGCCGGAAAUAGAUGAUCUUCUUAGGGCUGAGAAGUUGCAAAAUCCAAAAAUGGUAGCUUAUGGUUUUGGGGUUUCACAAGAACAUCCAGGGAGCUUUAUAUUGUCUUACAUACGAUGUGUGAAUCCGCACAAUGAGCAUGUCCUUUUGUACCCUAAAGGGUUCAAGUUCAGGAACAGGAUGUUUGGAGAUCUUGACAGGCUUGUAGCUUAUUUCAAGAGGCAUGUUAAUGAUGAUCCCAUGCAUUAUCAUUAA